AUGAACGUAUACGAAAACAACUACGCUGAGAUCCUCUCCUCAAUCGGAGCUGUUAUUGAUGGCAAGUUCAGUAACUGGGAAAUGCUCCAGAAGAACAUCAAACACGCUUCCCAACACCCACCAGACACUGCUCGUGAUUGUAAGCCCUCGAAGGCGAACGUGCUGGCCGCAAUUGCCAACAUUUUGCCUCAAUGCUCUGAAGAGCGUGUCGCCUUAACUAUCCGGCUGAAUUCGGGCUCAGUUGAAUUUAUCAUCACAAGCUCGGACGACGCUUGUAAUUCAUCUGAGGUUGAGGCCUACCUCUCGCAAAUUUGGGAAAUCCUCAAGGAGAUCGCGCAGGGCAAUCGGAAGGCAAAUGCGUACUUCAGUUCACGAAAGAAAAAACUCGAACAGCUCGGAGAUGCAGAGUCGAAGGUCAUUGAUCCAGAGAACGACGAGAACGCUCUGGCAAUUGCUAAGGAAGAAUUCGCUCUACGGUGCAACCUCGGAGCGCAGGUGUACAGCCAUUGCGGAGAUCAACUGAAGCAAACGAUAGAUUGUCGAUGGGACCAAUUGCAGAAGUGUCUCUUGUUUCUCAAGCAAAAAUGCCCUGAGAUGGAAGUGAAGGAUCAAGCGAUAGCGCAGAAAUUUAUCACGAAUUUGGAAGACAAGUUGUCGGCGAUGAAGGCUAUUUUGGCUGGCAGUGUCAACCAGCAAGAUAGCACUUGUCGCCCCAGACUUUACCAACUCCUGGCUCAGGUUUCUCUCUUGCAGAAGGAAAGCGACUUCAAGUGUCUCAUCGUACCAUUGGCAAGGCAGUAUUGGACUGACAAGAAGGACUCUGACCUAGUCCUUUACUUGCACAAGGUUGGAAGAAUAAAUUCCUGCAUCAAUUGGGCCUGUGAAGCUCCACGGAAUGGCCUUUUUAGCUGUAUCUUCGAGCUCGGAUUCACGAUCAUUGUUACGCCCCCAGCAUAUCAACCCCCCACCGCUUUACCAAUGACGGGAGCGCAGUGGAAUGAUAUCCUCGUGGACUUUGCAUCCCGCCGCAAGAUCCAGUUCUUGGACAUCGAUAAAAUUAUUUCUCACCUGUUAGACGCCUAUCCUCAUAGUCAGUCGGUUGGGAACACUCAAUGUCACACCGAAGUUGAACUCCUCAAAUACCUGUAUGAACAUGGGAUAGCACAACAGGCCAUCAGCCGUGCUUCGCCUGCACCUGCUACGUUUGGGUACUGA